AUGGGUCUAUUGCAACUUGUGCCUCCAAAUCGGCAAAAUCUGGAAUCUCCAUCAUACCGUCCCGGUACUAGGUGUGCCUAUCAUUCAGGGGCAAAGGGUCAUGAUACGGAGGAUUAUUGGACUCUCAAGAGAACCGUUGAGAAUUUGAUAGAACAAAAACGAGUGGUGCUGAGGGACGAGGAAGUCCCUAAUGUGACUAACAAUCCAUUACCGACUCACAACAACGGGACGGUCAUUGGAAUGAUUUGUGAUGAUAAAGAGUUUUAUCCAGCUUUGAAAGCUAUCAUCGCCAUUGUCGAUUCAGAGGCAAGACCUAAAGCGGCGGUGAAACAAGCCAGAAAUGAGAAGAAAAUCACUCUAACUCCUCAAAUUGCAGAAACAAAUAUUGGGGCAGCACCUGCUAAGGACGCAAUUCUCUAUGUUCCUAGGGCCCCAAGGAAAGAACAACUCAUGUUGAAAACCCCCAAAAGAUUUGAGCAGAGGAAAGUCACGCUAAAUAUGCCAAAGUUGUAUGUGCCAAAAGGAACUUAUGUGGUGCAGGGACCGGUAAUUUCACCAAGGCUGAAUGAGCCCGUGGUUAUUAGCCGCGCACCACAGAGCGCUAUGAGAGACCCCACUGCAGUCCCCUGGAAUUAUAGCAAAACAGUGGUUACUUACAAGGGGAAAGAAAUUAUGGGAGAGGUGAACGAAAUGAACCAACCUAGGAAGUACCACAACCCAGAAGAGAAAAAGAUGUUAAAACUGAGCAAGGAUAAACGGUUUUCGCCUAAGAAGCCUGUAAGUUCUGAGGAAGCAGAAGACUCAAAUGAACAUCAGAAGGUACUCCUGAAAAUAUUGAACGAGGCAGAUGUCCCGGUUGAAACUUCAGUUGAACAACUGAAAAGAAUGGCUGAACAAUUCUUUGAAGUUAAUAGGAUUUCCUUCAGCCGUGAUGAUUUGCCCCAAGAGGGAGCCACCCACAACAAAGCCCUUCACUUGACUGUCAAAUGCAAAGGUUAUUAUAUGAAGAGAGUCAUGCUAGAUGGUGGGUCUAGGAUCGACAUUUGCCCUCUCUCAACGCUCCAGAGGAUGAAAAUUGGAACAAAAAGAAUCCGAUCAAACAAUGUAUGUGUGCGUGCUUUUGAUGGUGUCAAACGAGACACAAUAGGGGAAAUUGAUUUGAUUUUGACCAUUGGCCAUGUGGAUUUUGAAGUAACUUUCCAGGUUCUGGACAUGGAUACUUCAUAUAAUUUUCUCCUAGGAAGACCACGGAUUCACACUGCAGGAGCUGUGCCCUCCACUCUUCAUCAAAUGGUUAAAUUUGAAUAUGAAAACCAAGAAAUUGUUGUCCACGGGGAGGAUGAACAGUCCAUUUACAGGGACCCUUCAGUCCCAUGUCUCGAAGCUAGAGAAGGAAGUGAGCACAUUGUCUACCAAGCCUUCGAAAUUAUGAUCGCUGAUCAAUGCGAAGAAGGGGCCCCAUUCCCUCAACCUUGCUUAUCUAAUGCCAUAGUCAAGGUCGCCACUGAAAUGAUUAAACAUGGGUACAAGCCCGGAAAGGGGCUCGGGGUAUAUCUACAAGGCAUCAUAGAGCCUGUUACGUCAACCGCCAAUGAGAAGUUCUUUGGCAUAGGUUUCUGA